AUGAAGACUCGCCACCUGUGGCUAGAAGCGGCCGUCGCUCUCCUCGUGAUGACAGAUGGGAGCUGCCUGCGAGGGGUCAGUCUGGAACUGAUCCCGGAUGUGGUGCAGCGCAGCCAGGAGGUGAUUCUACAGUGCCAUUAUGAUCUGAAGAAUGAGCCGCUUUACACUCUCAAGUGGUACCACAGCUGGUACGAGUUCUACCGGUUCGAGCCCAGCGACGACCCCGCUACGAAGAUCUUCAACGUCACCGGGAUUUAUGUCGACCCCGCCAAUUCGAACCAGAGCCAAGUGACACUUCGCAACGUCGACUUCCCGCUCGCGGGCACAUUCAGCUGCGAAGUCACAGCGGAAGCGCUCACUUUCUUCAUGGCUUCCAGCUUAAAAAAUCUCACCGUAAUAGAUGUGCCCGACGGAGCGCCCGUUAUCGCAUCGAAACGUGAGCGCUACGACGCGGGAGACAUGCUGAGGGCAAAUUGCACCCUGCCGCCGUCGUCGCCGGUUUAUCUCUCAUUCACGCUGAACGACAUGCUGAUGGAGACCGCGAGGUACCAGAUGCUUGAGGGGCCGCAAUUGGGCGAAGUCAGUCUCACCCUGCAACCGUUCCAUUACACGAACGGCGGCCAGCUGACUCUACGUUGCACCGCGCAGAUCCCCGGCAUGUACUCGGCGGUGAGCGAACUGCAGCUCGGCGCGGGUAUACGCGAGCCAGUGCCCGAAAUAG